AUGACGUCAAUCGGCACGGGCUAUGAUCUUUCCAACUCGGUCUUCUCGCCCGAUGGCCGGAAUUUCCAGGUUGAGUAUGCCGUGAAGGCAGUCGAAAACGGCGGCACAGCUAUCGGCAUUCGGUGCAAGGACGGCGUCGUCUUGGCCGUGGAGAAAAUCAUCACCAGCAAGCUCCUCAAACCCGGGGCGAAUAAGAGAAUUGCGACCGUUGAUCGCCACGUUGGCAUUGUAUCCGCCGGUCUCGUCCCUGACGGCCGUCACUUUGUUUCCCGAGCUCGCGACGAAGCCUCCUCGUGGAGAGGCGUGUACAAGGGCCCCAUCCCGACCUCCGCACUCGCCAAUCGCCUCGGCGGGUACGUACAAGCAUAUACUCUUUACUCUAGCGUCCGGCCAUUCGGCGUGACCUCCAUUGUCGGUGGAUGGGAUAGCGAGGCAGAGCUGGCGGUCGAUGGCCAGGUCGGCCAGGGACCCCAGUCGGGCGCCGGUGGAAAGGUCGAGGGUGCCAAGGCUGGGGGACCCGGUCUAUACAUGAUUGAGCCCAGUGGGCUUUACUGGGGAUAUUAUGGUGCUGCCACCGGUAAGGGACGGCAGGCGGCCAAGGCCGAGCUGGAGAAAUUGGAUCUCAGCUCCGAGAAGCUGUCUCUGCUCGACGGAGUGAAGGAGGCGGCUCGCAUCAUCUAUGUCGCGCACGAAGAUAGCAAGGACAAGGAUUUCGAAUUGGAGAUGACGUGGAUCAGCUCGGUCGAUGGCCCCACCAAGGGCCGGCAUGAGGAAGUGCCCCAGGACAUCCGGGAAGAAGCCGAGAAGGCUGCGCGGCGGGCUCUGGAUGAGGAGGAGGAGGAGGAGGACAAGGGUCAAGGGGAGCAGAUGGAAGAGUGA